AUCCAGAAGCUUGAUAUGGUGUCUUAUCAUUGCAGCAUGCCUGUUCUGGAGAAUGUACAAGUUUCUCUAAACGAGAUUUUGGAGGUACGAGGUCAGCCUCUUCAAGAGUACGAACUGUGGGGCCUUUUAUUUCAGGCUACUGAAGCUGUGCAAGAUAUUUUUCUGCGAGGUCAUGCUUGCAAAGAUGAUAUACCUCUAUAUUUGGUAACUCCCAGUAACUUAUUAUGUACAGCCAGAGGAAAAGUAAUUUUAAAUGAAUGUUUACCUGAUAGCAUGAGAGGCACAACAUACUGGUGUUCAGAAAUGGAGGAUAAAGAAUUUUAUUCUGAAAUUCAUAAUCUAGAGAAAAUUUAUGUUUUCACACUUGGCCAAACAAUGCUCUAUGCUGCAUAUUAUAAAGUACAAGACAAUUGUCAGAGAAAAUUGUCGCCGUUAAUCAAAACAGUUUUUCAAGCUAUGUGUCAGAGUGAUGUGGAUUUACGUAUGAUUUUAUCAGAUGUUGCUCAAGUUUGCAGCCUUCAUGCAACUAAAUAUAUGAAUGGCUUUACAUUUGCAAAAUCUGUAGCUACCUUACAUCGUGAAGUUUUAGGAAGUUUACCUGAACAUGAAAUUCUUGCUCAAGUUGAUAGAGAUGUCAUGAUGGAAAAAGAAGUUGAACAUUCAGAAGGUGGAAAUGAAGAUUUUUCUGAUGUUAAUUACAAUCCUAAGUAUUAUGCAUAUGGAUACAGAUUAGGUUAUUAUCCUGAACUCUCUAAAGCUACUAAGUCUUCACUCUCAAAGAAUUCUGUAACUCCAAAAGAAAGAUGGCAGAAAGCAUAUUCUGCUGUAUUAAAAGAAGUGCGAAAGUCCAAGAUGUUAUUUAUUAAAAAAAAUGAAGUUUUUGAAGCAUGGAAGAAUCAUAAAGCUCAACAAUCCAUAUUUAGAGUCUAUGAAGAAUUGACAGAAAGACGGAAGAUGUUGGAACUGUUGAGAUUAAGUAUCAACAUUGAGCCUUCAACUCCAGUAGAUGUAGAUAAAAAUCCUCUUUUAAUGACAGGUUUAAAGCCUAAGACUAUUGCUGAAUUAGUACUCUUGCUUCAACGUCCUAGUAAACAAUCUGCUGCAUAUUCAAAGUCAAAAUCUGAAGCGCCAUGUAGUAGUACAGAAAGUUCUGAAGAUCAACUUGAAGAAGAAAAUUAUGAGAAACCAUAUUAUGCUAUUGAUAAAAUAGCUUUACAGGAACCUUUUCCCUUAACUAAACUUGAUUGCAAUCUCAAGAAGUCUUAUCCAGGACCAGAAUUUGUGAUAAAUAAAUUAAAACCUCAUACUAAAAUAAUGCCAUUUUAUUACAACAAGGAUUUAAAACCUACAUUUACUGUGAGUAUUUCAUUAUUGAAUGGGGAAAGUAUUGAUGUUGAAUGUCUACCAUCUGUUAAUGGAAAACAACUUUAUCAAGCUGUAGCAGACCAUUUAAAAUUGCAAGAGCGUUACUUGUUUGGAUUAGCAUAUGCUCAGGGUGGUGAAUAUAUCUUCAUUGAGCGAAAACAGCGACUUGUUGAUGUGUUACAGCUUUGUGCUACAAGCUCCACUCUUGUUUCUGCAGAUUUAAUUCAUCUGUUUUUUAAAGUGAAAUUUUAUGUGGAUGAUGUUCAUCUGCUAAGAACUCAAGCGUUGAGGCAUAUUUUUUAUCUUCAGCUGAGAAAGGAUUUUUUGGAAGAUGACUUUUACUGUGACAUUGAUUCAGCGAUAAUGCUCGGUGGAUUAGCUCUUCAGGCAGAAUUUGGAAAUUAUGAUCAAUCAGUGCAUGGCAAAGAAUAUUUCCUUUUAGAACAUUAUCUAUCUUUUUCAAACAUUUUAUGUUUGAAUAGACUCACUGCAAAGACCAGACUACGGGAUCAACAUAUUAAUUUAGCUGGGAUCUCGAAGGAAUUGGCUGAAUUAAAAUUUAUUCAAGCUAUGAUGAAAUUUUCUGACUAUGGUUCACAUUAUCAUAAAGUUUUACAGGAUAAAAAGAACAGAUCAUCUGUAGUAUGGUUGAGCAUCAGAUCGAAAGGCAUUGCUGUUUAUGAAAACAUAUCUGGUAAAAGAAGUUUGUGCCAGAAUUAUCCUUGGGAAAUUAUAAAAAGAAUCUCUUUUUCAAAAAAGUACUUUUGCAUAGCACCUAAAACUGAAAGUAUUACAGGCAGACAUAUUGUCUAUAGGUUUUAUACUUCACUAUUGCAUAGGAGUCAGUAUUUGUUCAAUAUGUCUAUGGCUCACCAUAAAUUUUUCCUGAAACUGAAAUCUGUCUCUAAAGCAUCUGAAAUUUUUACGGAAGAUUUAGAUGAAGAACAUCCUUAUGAUAAAUCAGAAGUGGAGAAGGAGAUUGGUUGGGAUCUUUGUGAUAAUGCUGAUAAAUUUGAGCUGAGAAUAUCCAAGAUGGCUAGACGCAUUAAUAGUUUAAAGAAGAGCUCAAAAUUUCUCAAACAAGAUUUCAUCUUUUCCAAGUCAGAGAAAGGACUUUGCAAAAAUAACAGCUUAUCGUCUAUAGAAUUAGAUAUUAUGAGAAAGAGAAAACUUUCAUCAAAUCUUGUGACUCGAUCAUCUUCGGCUCCAGAUCCUGUGAAGAAAAGUGAUUAUUUUUCUGGCAGCAAAGUACUUUCUGUGAACGCUUUCAAAUACAUCUCUCCUCACCGGGAUUGAUUACUAUGAAGCUAUGUUUGGCAUUAAACCAAGAAGAGGCUUAGCAUCGUCUUUUUUGCCUGACGAACAAAUUGCAAAACCUGAAACCGAAGAACAGCUUGAAGAAGCUGUUAAUGCUUUUGAAGAAAAUUUGAGCAGUGGCCAUACCGAAAACCAUAUUCCAAAGAAAAAUAUUGAGGAGGACCUGCAAUGUACCAUGUCUUCGUAUCAGGCCUGGACUGAACAACACAAGUUAAUUUCUAUUAAAAGAUCGGCCGCAAAAGAGAAUCUUUUACUGCAAGUAACGAAAAUGUUACAAACCUCAAAAAAGUUUUUCUUCUGCUCAAAUUGGUGAUACCAUACGAAUACAAGUCGUUGAUGUCGACUGUGGUCGUACAGAUGGCCGAAAUGUGUUGGCAGUUGUUGUUGAAAUAAGACUCCGGCUUUUAUAAACUAGCAAAUAAAAAUGUCACCUUCAAGCAGCUUUAUAUGCAUAAUUACUUUGUAAUUUGUAAAGAAAAGUUACUUUCUGUAGAUGAAAUUCCUUCUCAAGUAAUGUCGCUGAGAGAAGCAGCUGCAGCUAAUUCGAGAAGUAGAGGGCAAGGCUAUACACUCUGUCACUGCAAAAGGAAGUGUUCCACAACUAAAUGCAGUUUUAAAAGCAAGGGACUGUUGUGCAAUUCAAAAUGUCAUAAAAUUUUAUGUUGUUGCAAUAAAUAAGAUUUC